GUGGAGCUGCUGGGAAAGCCUGGAGGCGAGGGGGCUGCGCGGGCCGGCGCCACCCCGGCCAGGCUAUAAAUGCCCCUCGUGCUCGGGCUGCAGCACCCCGGCUGCUCAGCGCACCCACACCGCACCAACCCGCACCGACCCGAAGCUGGUGAUGGCGUGUCCCCUGGAGCAGGCGCUGGCCGUGAUGGUCACCACCUUCCACAAGUACUCGGGGAAGGAAGGGGACAAGUACAAACUCAGCAAGGGGGAGCUCAAGGAGCUGCUGAACAAGGAGCUGCCCGUCUUCGGGAGCAAACAAAUGGACGAGGCUGAGUUCAAGAGGCUCGUGAACGACCUGGACCACAACAAGGACAGCGAGGUGGACUUCAAGGAGUACGCCUGCUUCCUGGCCUGCAUCACCAUGGGCUUCAACGAGUUCUUCCAGGACGGGCCCCCCAAACAGCCCCGCAAGAAGUGACCCCGCUGCCGGGCUUUCAAUAAAAGCUUUGCCAAAC